UAUCUCGACGAUACCAUUGAAUUUUGAACAAUCUCUAUCGUGUGGAAGUGCAAUUAUUUACUCAUCGACAAUGGUGUGCAUCUUGGUCGGGGUUAUAUAAAACAUAAACAUUUUGGUGAACAGUGAGGACCGAUUAAGAAAUCGAUCAUGGGAAUAUUAUCGGUAGAAAUUCUCGGCACCUUCUCAAUGGUGAUGCUAAUAUGUUUUUCCACUAUCUACCUCUACUUCAAUAUUUCCUAUCAAUACUGGAAGAGAAGAGGGGUGCCUUAUUUGAAACCGAAGUUCCCCACAGGCAACAGCUCAUCCUUGUUCAGGAAAACCAGAGUUUUUCCUUUGGCGACCAUGGAUUUUUACAAAGAAAUUAAAAAGAGAGGUUGGAAAUUCGGAGGGGUUUACACAGUUUUGCGACCAGUUCUGGUGAUUGUAGAUCCAGCGUUGAUGAAAAACAUUCUGCUGACGGAUUUUCAGUAUUUCAUAGACAGAGGAUUCUAUUACAAUGAAAAAGAUGACCCUAUAUCAGCUCAUCUAUUUGCUUUGGAUGAGAAAAGUUGGAAAAAUAUGAGAAUAAAACUGACUCCCACAUUUACUUCUGGAAAAAUGAAAAUGAUGUUUCCAGCUGUAGUUCAAAAGAGUCGAUAUAUGGUUGAUGCUAUCAUUAAGUGUGCUGAAAAUAAUGAAGAUGUGGAUAUAAAUGAGUUUUUAGCUAAGUUCACUACAGACGUCAUUGGCGAUUGUGCUUUAGGAAUGGAAUGUAAUAGCUUCACCAAUCCACAAGCAGAAUUCAGAACAGCCGGGCGAAAAUUAAAAAAAUUUAAUGGUAUUCUACAUCUGCUCCAGGUAACAAUAACAAGCAAUUCACCAGACUUGGCUCUGAAGUUAGGUUUUCCAGCCGUGGAAAAAGAUAUAUCAGAUUUCUUCAGGAUGGCAGUAAAAAAAGGAGUACAGUACAGAAAAGACAACAAUGUUACUAGACCAGAUUUUUUUCAACUACUGAUUAAUAUGAUGCAGGAAACCAAAAAUAAUGACAAGCCUUUUACUAUGGACCAGUUGGUUGCUCAAGUGUUCCUUUUCUUUGUUGCUGGUUUCGACACGUCUUCUUCCACGAUGAAUUUCGCUUUGUAUGAGUUAGCACAAGCCCCCGAUAUUCAGGACAAACUGAGAAAUGAAAUCAAUGCUGUAUUGAAAAAACACAAUGAUGAAAUCACCUAUGAGAAUUUGAAAGAAAUGCAGUAUCUCCAGCAAGUAUUAGAUGAAACGAUGAGAAAAUAUCCAGCAGUACCUGUUCUACAAAGAAAAUGUGUGAAAGAUUACAAAAUGAGGGACAGUGAGAUUGUGAUAGAAAAAGGAACUGCGGUAUUGAUUCCCAUCAUAAGUCUACACAUGGAUCCUGAUUAUUAUCCACAACCUACAAAAUUUGAUCCAGAAAGGUUUACUCCAGAGAUGAAACAGGCUAGAAACCCUUUUCUUCAUAUUCCAUUUGGAGAAGGACCAAGAAAUUGUAUAGGUCUGCGCUUUGGUAUGAUGCAGUCGAAAAUAGGUUUGAUUCAGAUUCUCAAGAACUUCAAAUUGAGUAUCAGUCCAAAUACAAACAUGCCUUUACAACUAGAUCGUGACGCGUUUUUACUGAAAUCCGUCGAGACUUUAUAUUUGAGAGCUGAAAGAAUAUAUGUCAACACUUACCUGCCCAUGGAAAUGAUUAUGAAAACUGAAAAUAAGUUCGAAGUCCAGAUCAGCAACGGAGUACCACAAGGAUCCGUCAUGUAUGAUUGUUCGUUGAGAGUGGAAAUGUCAACAGAAGUCACAUCAAUCGAAAUGUUCAUGAUGGGAAACUGCGUUAUGAACUUUCUAGUUUUUCUAGCGACAUUGUGUGUACUAGCUGUAUUUUUUGUGCAGUAUCGAUAUGGAUAUUGGAGGAGGAGAAAUGUCCUUUAUUUGAAACCUACAUUUCCUUUGGGAAAUAACACUUGUUUCCUUCCCAAAGGAAUAUCCCUCGGAAUGGUUUCUAAAUAUUUUUAUGAUGAAUUGAAGAAGAUGGGAUGCAAGAUCGGAGGUGUCUUUAUUGGCAUCGAUCCACAGUUGGUUAUCGUGGAUCCAGAUGUUGCCAAGGAUAUUUUAACGACUGAUUUUGCAUAUUUUGUGGACAGGGGAAUAUACAAAACUUCGAGCGACCCCACGACUGUAAAUCUCUUCGCUCAGGAGGGAUUAGAAUGGAAAACUACAAGGGAUCUACUGUGUUAGGAUUGGAUUGUAACAGUUUCAAGAAUCCUAACGCUGAGUUUAGACAAAUGGGAAGACAUCUAUUCAACAAAUUCAGUUUGAUGGACAAAAUCAAACUUUUUCUCACCAUUUACUUUCCAAAACUUUCGGAAAAGCUAGGAGUGUCGAAUAUUCAACCUGAGGUUUCGAAAUUCUUUUGCAAAACUGUUUGUGAUCUCGUGAAGCAUAGAGAAGAUAAUAAUAUACAAAGAAAUGAUUUCUUACAAAUGCUGAUUGAAAUGAAGAAUUCUUCAAUGCAACUGACAAUGGAUGAGAUAAUAGGCCAGACUUUUUUAUUUUUCGCCGCUGGAUUCGAAUCGUCGUCUACGACCAUAACAAUGACUCUCUUUGAAUUGUCCCAGAAACCCGAAAUUCAAAAUAGACUGAGAAAUGAGAUAGAAGAGUGUAUGAAGCAACACGACAAUGAGGUUACCUAUGAUAUGCUGAUGAAAAUGGAAUAUCUGAAUGCGGUUAUUGAAGAAACACUCAGAAAAUGGCCACCCCUGACGACAUUAACCCGAGUGUGUGUGAAAGAUUACACUUUCCGAGAUUCUGAUGUUACUAUAGAUAAAAACACCACCGUGAUCAUCCCAGCUCUUGGAUUCCAGCUUGAUUCAGAAUAUUACCCAAACCCAAUGGAAUAUGACCCCGAACGGUUCAUGGAUAAAAAUGCGAAGCAUCCAGGAUACUUUCCAUUUGGAGAAGGGCCUAGAAUGUGUAUAGGAAUGCGAUUUGGUCAUAUGCAAGUGAAGUUGGGUUUAUUGGCCAUACUGAGGAAGUACCAGGUAGAUAUUAGUCCCAGUACGAGUUUACCCCUGGAAUUAGAUCCUGACAAAUUUCUGCUCCAUACUAAAAAAACAAUUUAUUUGAAGUUGAAGCAAAUAUAAAAUAUAUAUUCAUCAAAGUGAGAACAUCUCACCAGGAAUUUUUUCAUCCAAUAAGAAAACCUAUUGUGAUUUAUAAAUUCAGAUACAGCAAGAUAUUGACAAAAGGAAUAAAUUACAUUUAUAAAAAUGGACAGCAAAAAUAGUAGUCGUUAGAAAACUAAAUAGAAUAAUUCGUACUCAU